ACUCCGCAGGAUCCAGUUCAUUCACCUUCAAAGUCACCGAUCACAUUCCCGAGCAGUCCCCGGAGCUGUCCGGCGGCCUUUGCUUUGCGCGUGAUCAGCUGCCUUCGAAUGACCUGCCACCGCUUGUUGAUAUACACAGCCUGAGCGGGAGAGCAUCGACAAGACACCAUUGCUCAUACACUCAGAGAACUACAGCAUCCAAAAUAUACAUCCUCUCCAAACGAUGGGCGACUUCCUAGCAAACCUCUGGGGCUCUGUCUUCACGCCGGGCACCACACCAACUCUCCUCAUUGCAACAAACGUGACCUUCGCCUCGCUGCAGCUCCUCCUCGGUGGACUCUUGAUAGCAACCUACAGCAUUCACUUCGCGGUGCUGAGCUUCCUCUGCGGCGGCCUCUGGUACAGCAUCAACUGGUUCGCCCGCGAACUUCAACAAGCAAAUAUUGCAGAGCAAGAAGCAGAUCGGCUACGAAAGAGAAAGAAGGCGGAGAAUGAAUGGAGAGCAACGGGAGAAGUUGAAGACAGUGCAGAUGAUGAGGGAGAGGAUACAGAGGUCGAGACUGCGGGGUUGAAGGACAGCAUGGAGAACAUAUCGCCGGAGAAGGUGCCAGCUUGGGCGGAGCAGCAGAUAGCUGAGGCGAGGGCGAAUAAGGGUUUGCAAGCGGAGACAUCGGGUGCACAGGCGAGCACGGGUGCGAGUGAUGCGAGGCUGAGAAGAGGCGAUCAGGGAAAUGUCAGUUCGAGCGAGCUCAGCACGGAUAGCGAGUGGGAGAAGGUGGACAACAGGCAAUGAUGCUGAAAU